AUGCCGUCUGCUGAAGGAUCGACAGCCACCUCCUCCGCGGGGAGCGGAGAGCAAGGCUAUCAGCAACUGCCCUGGACGGCAAUCCCCAAGUUCAUUCCAGGGACCACUGAUGUUACUGAGUAUACGAAGAAGCUGGAGUUUUUGGCGGCUAUGUGGCCGAAGGAGCAUCUCUCCCAGCUAGCUCCCAGAGCUGCACUGCUCUGCGAGGGCAGUGCCUUCAAGAAGGUAGCAGGCCUUGCGCCUGACAAGUUGAAGGCCAACGACGUGAGCGGUGUGAAGCUCCUGGUGGAUACACUUGGGGGCUCAUGGGGCCGCACAGCUGUGGAGCAAAAGUAUGAUACUUUUGAAAGAGCUAUCUUCGGGACCAUCCAGAAGGCCGAUGAGACAAAUGACAGCUACCUGGCUCGGCAUGAUAUUCACUUCGAAGAGCUCCUCGCCCAAGGGGUAAGCUUUGAGGAGGUCAGGGCUUACAUUCUUCUCCGUCAGUCUUCACUGACGGCCGAAGACCGCAAAAGAAUUGUGGUUGAGCUGGAUGGGCAGCUCUCUUACAAGAAGGUCUGUGCAUCUGUUAGAUUGCUGGGGUCAAGGUUCUUCUCAGACUUUCAAGGCCAGAGAGGAAACAUCAAGACGAAGACCUAUGAUGCCCACAUGGUAGAGGAUGCAGGAUCAGAAGAGGUGGAGAGAGCCUACCAGGCCAGUACAACCUUUUCCUCCGAGGAGCCCGACUUCGAGUUGGAUGCCGAGUUCAUCGAGGCAAUGAUUGCCGUGGAGGACCAAGAUGCUUUGCAGGUCCAGUCCUUCGAGGAGGAGCUGGAGGGCUUCUUUCAGGAGACGCCAGAGCUCCAGGAGGCCUUGGUGUCGUACCUGGAAGCGAGAUCUCGCCUGCUUGCCAAGCGCAAAGCCCGAGGGUUCUGGCCGGCUCAAGGGUCUAAGGGCGCUAAGGGCGGGAAAGGCUUUAAGGGCAAAGGCAAAGGACACUGGAAGGCCGAAUGUCCUAAGUUCGGGAAGCCGGGUUCCAAAUCUGAGGUCUUCGAACAGCUCCCCGAGGAAGCCAUCACGCUCGCCGAGGCCUUUUGUGCAAU